GGGUGGAUUGUUUAUCUACGGCAGGUUUCACAGUUUGAGAUCAACAUGGCAAAAAUAAAAAUGCCAAGGCCACUCGUCAGCAUGACAAAGGAUUCCUCACCAAGACAUCCCGCCUCAGAAUUCCGCUCAUCCGAUAGUAGCAACUCUGAUGAGGAAUCGGAUCAUCUCGAUGCCAUCAGCUCUCGCAAGAAGCGCAAGCUUUCAGCGGACUAUAGUGAAGAGGAAGACGACGAAGAUGAGGAUGAUGAGGACGAUAGCCAGGAUGGGAGCGAGGAUGAUGAGGAUGACGUGAAAGGGAAACAGCCCGUUGCGAAGCCUACUCUCUCAUUCAAUGCACCGUCCCGCAUCAAACGCCAGCCUGCGAAGGGAGUUUCUGAGAGAGCAGUAAAGGGGCAGCCUGUCACUGAUGCCGCCUUGGAAGAUGCAGUUCAGAGCAUUGCCCAAGCGGCGGGCAAGAAACGAAUCCUGGCUCCAACGGACCAAAACACCACAUUCGAAUCCCUUGGUGUAGAGCCAUGGCUUGUCCAAUCUCUAGCGAACCUGGCCGUCAAGAGACCGACAGGGAUUCAAAAGGGAUGUAUUGCAGAAAUCCUCAAGGGGCGGGACUGCAUUGGCGGCAGUCGAACUGGUUCCGGAAAGACUAUUGCUUUUGCUGUGCCUAUUCUGCAGAAAUAUGCUCAGGAUCCGUCUGCCAUUUUUGCCGUUGUUCUGACUGCUACGAGGCAAGUACCCUAUCCAGUGCUUCUCGGCACUUCAAUCGAUCCGGAGCUCGCCCUGCAGAUUUAUGAGCAGUUCAAGGCCGUGUCCUCACCGCAUGUGCUAAAAGCCGCUCUGAUAAUAGGUGGCUCCGACAUGCGGUCGCAGGCCAUUGCUCUGGCACAGCGACCAAGUAUUGUGAUUGCUACGCCGGGUCGGCUGGCAGAUCACAUCAGAUCAUCAGGCGAGGACACAAUCUGUGGGCUCCGCCGAGUAAAGUUCCUCGUGCUGGACGAAGCCGACCGGCUAUUAUCCUCCAAAGGGCCCGGCAGCAUGCUGCCUCACAUCGACGAAUGCAUGGCCGUCUUGCCGCCCCCGGAGGAUCGUCAGACGCUACUGUUUACCGCCACGGUGACACCCGAGGUCCGCGCGCUCAAGGAGAUGCCGACGCGGCCAGGCAAGGAACCUGUACAUGUUUGCGAGGUUGACACGCAGGUCCUGGCUAUUCCGGACUCCUUGAAGCAGUCGUAUAUUCAGCUCACGGUGACGCACCGGGAGCACUUCCUGCAUGAGUUUCUCCUCACAGAUGCCAACGCGGAGCGGUCCAUAAUCAUAUUCGUCAACCGCACAAGCACAGCCCAGUUCCUCCACCACUUACUGCGCCUCCUGGACCACCGGGUCACGUCUUUGCAUUCAAAACUGCGCCAGCAGCAACGUAUCGACAACCUGGGUCGGUUCCGCGCAUCGGCAGCCCGCAUCCUGGUAGCGACUGAUGUUGCGUCCAGGGGUUUGGAUAUUCCUGAGGUUUCGGUUGUGGUAAACUACGAUCUGCCACGGGAUCCGGAUGACUAUAUCCACAGAGUUGGACGUACCGCACGUGCCGGCCGCAAGGGUGAAGCGGUUAACUUUGUCGGCCAGAGAGACGUCGAACUCGUCCUCGCCAUAGAGAAGAGGGUAGGUCGGCCAAUGGAGAAGUGGGAGGAGGAGGGUGUCAACCUCGAAACCAGAGUUAUUCGCGACUCGUUGAAGCUCGUGUCUGAAAAGAAGAGGGAGGCCUUGUUGAAUAUUGAGGAGAACAGGGAGGUUGGUGGACGGAGGAAAAGACAGAAGCUCAAGUUGGGGGCUGAAUAA